AUGAUCUCCUCCCUUGUGUUCCUCUCGUUUUUUGGUGUUAUAUUGGGAUUCGUGGAGGGUUCAAACUUGCCAUUCACUCCUCACAAGGCUGUUGCUGUGAUGAAAGGCCCAUCUAACGUCACUGGGACAAUAACGUUCACCACGACGGCGCACCAUUCUCUUACAAUCGUUGGGAAUCUAACGGGUCUUGAUCCUUCUGCCCAGAGGGGCCUACACGUUCACGAAUUCGGUGACGCCACUGACGGAUGCGCAUCCGCGGGCCUCCACUUCAACCCUUUCAACAAAACACAUGGAGCUCCCACUGACCCAGUUCAUCACCUCGGUGAUCUGGGUAACAUAGCUUCAGACGCUAAUGGUGUUUCCCAAUUCACAAUCCUAGCAAGAGGGUUAUCUCUCAAGGGACCACUUACUAUACUCGGCCGAACAAUCGUACUCCAUGCUGGUACUGACGACCUUGGCAAGGGAGGUUUCAAUGACUCCCUCACCGUUGGACACUCAGGCGCACGUUCAGCUUGUGGAAUCAUCGGUUUGUCUGGCUAA